AUGAGCCUGGAGCCCAGCAAGGCCCUGGAAGGCCUCCUCUGGGCCCUUCCCCCAUCAUCUGCGCACCCUGGCUCUCCCUGGCGAUGCCAACAGCAGUCCUGCCUGGUGAUGGUCAUUUGCUGUGUCCCCAGCCGGGCCCUGCCCCCAUCCUCCUCCACCCUGCUUCUCCAUAACUCCAUGUACAGCCUACGGGACGCGCGCCGCGGCAGCCUGCCCGACCCCCUCUGCGAGCAGCUAGCUGACACCACCUUCAGGGCUCAGGCUGCGCUCCACGUGCUGCGUGUUUACCCACGUGAUGCCGACCCGCCCACCGUGCCCGGGCCCCGCCCCCGCUCCCGCCCCUCUGAGGCUACUGGCUCGCGGCUGAAAGCUGUCGGCUACGGCUGCUCCGCGCCGGAGACACUGAGCGCGACCUGA